UUUUUUAAGAGGGGGGAGGGUAUUUUAGAGGUUUAAAAUUGCAACGCAGAUUUGCAAUUGAACAAACCUCGGAAAAAAUUUUUACACUGAAAAGCAGGAGCAGAAAAACACUCCAUGUUUUCCGAGUCGUGGCCAUGAAGUGAGAGGGGAGAGACGCGGUGCUGCUGUGGGUGUCCCGCCGCCCCGGGCGCUGCCGCCCUGUUUGCAGAGAGGGGCCGAAGGGAAAGCCAAGAGCGCCGGCCAUGCACAGCCUCGGCUGACUGUGCUCGCAGCAGCAGAGAGAGAGAGAGAGAAGGAUCCCCGGGGGAUCAGCAGCCCAGGGAGUGUAUGAGGUGUCGGGGGAUGUAGGGCUCUCCCAGUGUUAGGGAGCCCGGGUUUGGGGCACAGAUUCGGGUUUUAGUCUCUAGGUGAGAUAAUACUGUCCUUUGAACCCUUAUCCGCCCCUUGUCAAUGGCUAUCAUGAUCCCUCUCCUCUUUGGCAGCAGUAGCCUCAGGGCAAUGAUGAGCAGGAUGAAGUUAGAAAUGACUCCGCUGUCUUUUCUCUUUGCUCCCCUGCGAACCAGCGCUGUGUUGUCUGUAGUUGAUUUUGUUGUUGUUGGCAGAGAAAUGUCAUACUUCCCGGGUUGUGCACUCUUCCUUUGCACCCUUUUCUCUGCUCUCCACCAAGUGUAAUAAUUCUAAAGAAAAAGGCGGGCAACAUAGCAAUAGUGGAAGGCUGAGAAUAAUAAUCAGUAGAGUCAUGAAUCUGGCUGGGGUAAAACGCAAUUUGUGAUUUCAGCUUCGUGAUUUUUUUUUUGUAAGCAGAGCAAAAGUACCCCCCAUGGAUUGGGCUUGUGCCAGUUGCUUUUUAUUGUUCACAUAAAUUGUGAUAAGAUUUGGUUGGGGCUUGGUUUUUUUUGUUUUGGUUUGGUUUUUUUUUUUUUUUUAUUCUUACCCCAUUAUUCCUGCGGCUAAACUGUUCGAAUUUUUGUCUUUAAAAUUCUUCGGGUUUUUUUCUUGAUUUAUUGUAAAACCUCUUGUCGAGCCAUGGCUGGACAACUACUCACUUUGUUUCCUGACCCCUCCAAUACGACAUUUUCUUAAAAUAUUGCCUGAGGUGCGGUUUUGGGUUACAUUAGCGUUUGAUCUAUUCAGUCGUAUUAGCAGGAAUCAAACGACUUGUUUCUGUUGUACUUGAGUCUUACGAAAAGGUGCCCAUAGUUUAGCGACAGUUUCCAAAGGCUUUAGUACCACCUGUAUUACAAAAUGGGGGACCCAAACUCCCGGAAGAAACAAGCUCUGAACAGACUUCGUGCUCAGCUUAGAAAGAAAAAAGAAUCUUUAGCUGACCAGUUUGACUUCAAGAUGUACGUUGCCUUUGUGUUCAAAGACAAGAAGAAAAAGUCAGCACUUUUUGAAGUGUCUGAAGUGAUACCAGUCAUGACCAAUAAUUAUGAAGAAAAUAUCCUGAAAGGUGUGCGGGAUUCCAGCUAUUCUUUGGAAAGUUCCUUAGAGCUUCUGCAGAAGGAUGUAGUACAGCUCCAUGCACCCCGCUACCAGUCUAUGCGCAGGGAUGUGAUCGGCUGUACCCAGGAGAUGGACUUCAUUCUAUGGCCUCGCAAUGAUAUUGAGAAGAUAGUCUGUCUCCUGUUUUCUCGGUGGAAGGGAUCUGAUGAACCCUUUAGGCCUGUUCAGGCCAAGUUUGAAUUUCAUCAUGGUGACUAUGAAAAACAGUUUCUGCAUGUUCUGAGCCGAAAGGACAAGACUGGAAUUGUUGUCAACAACCCUAACCAGUCAGUGUUUCUCUUCAUUGACAGACAGCACUUGCAGACUCCAAAAAACAAAGCUACAAUCUUCAAGUUAUGCAGCAUCUGCCUGUAUCUGCCACAGGAGCAGCUCACUCACUGGACGGUUGGUACCAUAGAGGAUCACCUCUGUCCUUACAUGCCAGAGUAAGAUACUGGCCAGCAAAAUGGGGAAGAUCACAGAGUGCAGCAGUGGAUUUUCACUUUCCUCACCACUUUAUUCUUUCAGAAUUUAGAAGAAAAUGGACUCAUGUUCAGAACACUAUACAUUGUGAAACUUGAUCAUCCUGGAUUUUUUUAAUCAUUUGUAUCUCAGAACUUUGCAAUUUUUUUUUAGAUGUUUUCUGCAUGGACCUUGUGAAAGAAAGGAUGCUCUGCACACUUCUGCACUGCAUCAGCAUCUUGCUAAAAUGUGAAAUGAAGGGACUCUACAUUGAAACAAAUGUAUCCGAAAGCACAAGGUGAUCAUUUGUGGUGGUGUUCCCAUUUGUGCUGGUCAUGCCCCCUAACAUCUAUAAUGUUAACCAUCAGUAUUUGGAGGGUGAGAAGUGAAUGUAACGGGUAUAAAAGCCUUAUAGCUUUGCUAUUAAUGAUUGUAUCGAAGAGCACUAUCACUCGUUUUAAUGAACGAAAAAGUGGCUAUUACAAUAGGACGUAAAUGUGGGAAAGAAAUCUUUCUUUAAAAAAAAUGCAUCUCAUUUAAUGUGUAGGCAUUUUUUGCCUCUUUUAGUUUGCUUGGCCAUGUCUAAGUUUACUGGCACUUUUGUUUUGGAUCUCUUUCCCCAAGUUGCUGUAUAACUGUAUGAAGGUAUUCUUUUGAGUUGGAUGCAUUUAUACAGAUGAGGCAGACCUGGAGUCUGAAGUUGCUAAAGCAGCUCAAAAAAAGGUAAAAUAAUAGCUGCAGAAACAAUGUUGGUAGAGGAUUAUUUUUUCUUGAGAGUUGAGACUUGUAAACUUGCAGGUGAACUGUGCAGGAAAUACUGGUUUCUAAAACAUUUCUUAUGGAAAACCCAUUGAGGUUUUUUUUUUUUUCUUUUGGAAUAGACAUUAUAAACCAAUGUAAAAUAGUGUUUGGAGUGUCAAAAGUUGGUUCUGGCAGAACAUUUUAAGAUUGUGCAAUUAUAAAAGGAAGACUACUGUAUAGUUUUGAUGACAAAGAAGGCUCUGCUUAAGGGUUGAGUACUUUACUGGAAUAAAACUGCAUAAGCCUGCUCCCUUUGGAUAAAACUAGUGCUUACCUGUUUAAAACUUGUAUUUAGCUUUUGUUUGGAAUUGGAAAAAAAUUGGAAUUUAAAUAAAUUAGGUGAAAGAUGA